UAUAUCGCCCGGUUGGAAACGGACUUUUCCGUAUCUGCUACCAUUUUAUAGGUUGGUCUAAUAUUAUAAAUAAAGCGUUAACUUAUAAAUUUGUUGUACACUAAUAACACAUAAUAUUAUGGCAGAUACUAAUGAACCUAUAACUGAUGCUGAUAAGGUACGCAUAGCAUCAAGUUUUAUUAAAAAUGCACCCCCUGGUGAAUUCAAUGAAGUUUUCAAUGAUGUGCGAAUUUUGCUAAAUAAUGAUCGACUUUUAAAAGAAGAAGCAGCUUAUGCAUUUGCAGAAUAUAAUACAGAUCAAUUUACCCCAUGCAAGUUAGAUGGUGUUGAAGAUGCUGUACUUAUUACAAAACAUGGAAAUCUAGAAGAUGCAAUAUUUUAUGAUCCUAAGAGUAAGCAAAAAUUUCAAUAUGAUCACCUUCGAAAAGAAGCUAAUGGAUUAGAACCAUUCAAUCAUGAAGAAAGAUCUGAAAAGUGGAGGUCUGCAGUAGAUGAUUCACUUAGAAAGUAUGUAAAAGGGCAUUACCCUAAUGGUGCUGUUUCGGUAUUCAGCAGCAGCUCUAAUCAAGAUAUAACAUUAGUAAUUUGCAUUGAAGAUCACUUAUUUCAACCUCAAAAUUUUUGGAAUGGUCGUUGGCGAUCUGAAUGGACUGUCACUUUUAAUCCAUCAGCUGGUCCAUCAGCUGGUUCCGCACAAUUAAAGGGUGUAUUUAAAGUACAAGUUCAUUAUUAUGAAGAUGGAAAUGUUCAACUUGUUUCGAAUAAAGAAGUAUCAAAAGACAUUCAUAUUACGGAUCCUGAUAGCUUAGGCAAAGAUAUUUCAAAGAUUGCCGAGGAAAGUGAAUCUACGUAUCAGAGAGCUAUAGGCGAAAAUUAUCAGACGAUGUCUGAAACAACAUUCAAGGCAUUAAGACGUCAGCUACCGAUAACGCGUACUAAAAUUGACUGGAGCAAAAUUGUUUCUUACAAAAUUGGAGCUGAGUUAGCCAAGAGCUAGUCUUAUUUAAAAAAAUUUCUAAUUUUUACGUUUUUAAUUUUGUUCUGAUAAAAAAUUCCAAAAAUUGUUUGAA